AUGACUGGGGCGGCGUUGGUUUUGCGUCAGCGGGUGGUCGCAGGCGAGGAGAUGACCGGCAGUGGGUGUAGAGUGACGACGGCUGAAAAGGAUGACGGUGGAUACUCGACCGGCGGUCGACUGGUGGCGGGCGGCACGCGGCGAUUGCGGGUGGAGAAUUCCGGCCAAUUUCCAUUCGCGAGUCCAAUUUUUCCGUCCAAUUUCCAGUCGCCAUAUUGCAUACUCAACGACCUCAGAUUCAAGGAAUUACAUGAAGCGGUGAACUUCUACAAGACUCAUGCUCUUACUGUUGGAUUUGACGUGAGACAUAGCACAUUGGUGAAAGCACGUGACAAGACGAUGCUGGAUAUCUCGAGCAGCUUUCGCCCCUUCAGGCCAGAAAAGCUGUAA